UAGUUGCAGUGGAAAGGAAAUGUGUCAUCUGUGGUUAGUGGAAAGCUAGCUGUACAUAUCCUUUUUUACUGCAGAUUUACUUUUAGGCUCAGAUUCUUCAAGUCUAUUCUGCCUUAAAUUACUUGGAAGCUGUGCUUCAAGACAAGAAAAGAAGUGGCUUAUUAAAAUCAGGUUAUAAUAAGAUUUUGACCAAGCAUUUUGUAAGUUUGUUUAUUUGGAGAUGACAGUACAUCUGGCUGAAGACAAUCAACAGCAGGCCUAUUAUCUAUCCCAUGAUUACCAGUAUACUCACGGACAUGGAACACACAGGACAUUACCUGCAUCUUGCCUUUCUGAUGACAACAGUUUUUUCUUUGUCUCCUGGAACAAAAGCAAACUAUACCCAUCUGUGGGCUAAUAGUACUACUGUCUUGGAUCCAGAUAUUCAAAAUAAGAUGGGCAGAAGCCAAAAUGAAAACAUUAACACAAACCCUACAACUCCUGAAGUAGAUAAAAAAGUUAUUUCUACAAAAAUGCCUGAAAUAGCAACAUCAUCUCACAUGGCAUCUUUAACUCCUAAAUCUGAACUGGAGCUUUAUAUAUCUUCCGUUGUCAGGAACAGUUCUCCAGCAGUACAUAGCGUUGAAAACACAAGCAAAAGUCACAGCGAAAUUUUCAAAAAAGGCGUCUGCGAGGAAAACAACAAAAUGGCUAUGCUAGUUUGCUUAAUUAUAAUUGUGGUGCUUUUUCUUAUCUGUACAAUUUUAUUUCUAUCAACUGUGGUUCUGGCAAACAAAGUCUCAUCUCUCAGACGAUCAAAACAAGUAGGCAAGCGUCAGCCUAGAAGCAAUGGCGAUUUUCUGGCAAGCAGUGGUCUAUGGCCUGCUGAAUCAGACACUUGGAAAAGAGCAAAACAGCUCACAGGGCCUAACCUAAUGAUGCAAUCUACUGGAGUGCUCACAGCUACAAGGGAAAGAAAAGAUGAAGAAGGAACUGAAAAACUCACCAACUAACAUAUGCUUUAGUGAAGAAAAAUGCAAAGUAGCAAUGAGAAAGUUUCUGGAGUAAAAAUGAAGUCAGUUUGAUAUUUAAUGCCAAGGUGUUGUUCUGAUGGUCUAAAAUUUAACACGGCAGGCUGUGCAAUUUAGAAUCAAGCAGGUGAGAAGGGGAGAAGUAUGCCUGCUUACUUAAUUACUUAAACUGUGCCUGACACUAUUUUAAAAAGCAAAAAUAAAACCACCAAGCAUCUGAGGAAGGUUUUAAAGACAAGCUGAAGGAACUGACUAAUACAGGUAGAAAGGGACAAUUAAAUAUUUCCUGUUCAGCAAGAGUAGUUAAAUGAUCUUUGUCCGAAUGUUAUUAAAUUUGAAGAGUUUUAGUGUGUCGUUAGAGGCAAGUGUAUGCUUUAACAUCUAACAGAAGUCACAUUCUUAAUGCAUAGAGUUGAACUGUAGUUACGUGGUACUUUCUUUGCUGAAUGUGACAGAAUCCAUACCAGCUCAUCUAUCAACACAGCUAAUGUUAUGCUAGAUGUUUUCAUCUUUAUAUACGGCACACAUAAGAAAGUGGUUUUCUACUCUAAAUAUUUAAUUAAAACUUUAAAUUUUGUAUAAUAAAUUAAGACUUGUUAGAAUAAAAGUGACUACGUACAUUUUCAUUCACUUUAUUAUUUUAGAGAAUACACUGUCAAGAUCAAUAAGAAAUAGAGCUCAACUGAAACAGAUGAGAUUUAUAGCCACAACAGAAGGCUGAGUGUAAAUGUAAAGUGUAUCUUACUGUUUAAGUGUAACAUAACUCUACUCCAUAAAUAUUGCUUAUUGGAUUAUUUAUAGCAAAUAUCCAAAGGCUGAUUAUUUUUUGGACUUUGAGAAUGCCAAGUGGACUAAUAAAUGACCAAUU